AUGAAAAGAGAAGAUUAAAUAUAUCUCUCAUCUUUAUAAAUUUGGAAUGCAAUGGAUACUCCUGUUCAUUAGAGUACAAACCUUUUUAGUGAAAAAUUUAAAUAAAGUUCAGAAUUUCAUUAUAAUGGCAAUCAUCCAUUUUGUUUACAACAUCCUGAAAAAAAAGUAACUAAAUUUAUAUAAAAUUUAGGCUAAAUACAUAUUACUUAAUUCUGAAGGACCUAAUGAAAAACUUUGCACUAAAUGUGCUAUUGUGUUUGCAUAAUAAGGACAUAAAAUUUAAUUAAUUGAAGAAGGUAAUUUGAAAGUUAUUCACAUCUCAUAGAUAAUGCAAAGAAGAAAUAAACUGAUUCAUUUAUAGAAUAAUUGCUCCAUACUAAAAGUGAAAUAAGUAAUAUACAUUCAAAUUUCUUAUGUACUGAAGCAAAUUUAAAAAAGUUUUAUAAUGACUAAUAUACAUAAGUUGUUAGAACAUUUGGAAACAUUGAAAAAUAACUUUAAUAGGUAAUUAUUAUUAUUUAUUUUUAAAGUGUAAAUCAGAAUUACUUUUUGCCUUAUCUUAAUCACUCUGGUCUGGCAUAUAAAUUACAAAUUAAUUAAAAUAAUAAGCUAAAUAAGUUGAACAUCAAUUAGGAACUUAUAUCAAUGACAUUACAAAUCAUUAUGAUUAAAUUGUAUAAAUGAGUACUCUACCAUUUAAUUAAAUUAUGGGUGGUUAUAGCAGCAAACUCUUUAAACUUUAAUAAUGUCUUAAAGAAAUUUAAGAGAAUAAAAUUCCUUAUCUUCAUUAUGAAGGGAGAUUGAUUGCUUUUGAUUCUUUCUUAAAAGAUUUAAGCCUCUUGAAUGAGAAAGAUUAACCUAUUGAUUUAAGAAAUCAUGAAAGUACUAGAUCAAGCUCUGAAUAAAAAACUUGCAAAAGUGUUGAGAAAGAUAAAAGACCUUUAAGUUAACCUAAUAGUAAAGAUGUUAAGUGUUUUGAUAAUUCUGAUAAAAAAACUAAAUAAAACUUCAAAAUUACUGAAUAAUCUAUUGAAGAAUGGAUGGAAAAUUCUAAUUCGAAAUAAAGAAAAACUGAGCCUGCUGAAAAAUUAGCAAGUCCUAAUCUUUUAGCAAUAAAAUUUGUUAAAAAGUAAAUGCCUCCUAAUAGAGCAUCUAUGAAGUAAGAAACUAAUUAAGCAAUGCUUAAUAAAUUAAUAUCUGAAUUUUCCUAAAUCAAAAAAGAUAGAGUUAAAUCUAAGUAAUCAAAAACUCCUGAAUUAGGAAAAACUAUUUAAUAGACAAUUCCUAAUAAAUUUUCCCCAAAGUUUCUUUAUAAAAAUUAUUAUAAAUGA